CUCAGGACUGUAGUUUGACUUCAUUUCCUGUUGUACUGCUACUACUUCCUGCUGAGAGCAGCAACAAGGCUGUACAGGCAGCAGAGCCAGCGUUGAGCGACUUGUGUUUUGACACCUCAUUCACACAUUCCUUAAAGCAGCACGUUUCACACCGAAUUACUCCUCAGCAUGACUCUCGGGUGAUAACUAAAGGGGUCCAGGUGGUUUUGGGUGCCUCCCAGUUAAGACCAGUAAGCGAGGCAGCACUAUUACAGGAGGGAAAAGGAUUAACCUCGGGGCUUUAAGCCCUGGGCGUUAAGCAGGGCUCAGUUGCAUCGAACGCAGUUUCUUGAAUCCGCUGUAAAAUGGAGAAGGAAGCCCUGAAGGUUGUGAACAGGGGGGAGGAGGAUGAGAUGGACAUGUUGGGGUACAGGCUGUGCCACUGGAAGCUGGCGAUCGUCUGUGUGGGGGUGGUCCUGACGGGGGGCUUCCUGUUGCUUCUCCUCUACUGGAUGCCUGAGUGGUGUGUGAAGGCCACCUGUACCAGAACCCCCAUUCGAGAGGCAGAAGUGGUGCUGUUGAGAUCUACGGAUGAAUUCAAGCGAUGGUUUAGAGCAAAGGUUCGUGUUAUGCUGGCUCCUGGGAAGAACCCUUUCGACUGUCCGGAUUCCAGAAUUGUAGCGAAUGGCCACACGCCUCACCCCGCUGAGAACCAGACCGAGGACUGCGAGAGAAAGCAUUCCGAAUACCAGCCCGUGCAGAUCCGCUAUUUCACCCUCCACAGCACGAAGUACUACUGGAAUGAUAUGAUCCAGAAUUUUGAAGUAUUAAAGGGACUGGAGGAUCUGGGAGUCAAGUGUUCUUCUGUUCAUGAUGAUCACAGCAAAGGACUGACAGAAGAUGAGCAGGAUUACAGGAGAUUGUUUUUCGGAGAGAAUGAAAUUGCUGUGAAAGUGCCUUCGGUUUUUAAACUGCUAAUUAAGGAGGUCCUGAACCCUUUCUACAUCUUCCAGCUAUUCAGUAUUAUUCUGUGGAGUGCUGAUGAAUAUUACUACUACGCCCUGGCCAUUGUCAUCAUGUCAGUCAUAUCGAUAUUCACCUCUUUGUACACCAUCAAAAAGCAAUACGUGAUGCUGCAUGACAUGGUGGCGACCCACAGUAUUGUCAGAGUCUCCGUGUGCAGAGCCAAUGAUGUGAUCGAGGAGGCCAUCUCCACUGAGCUGGUCCCUGGUGACGUCAUGGUGAUUCCAGCCAAUGGGACCAUCAUGCCCUGUGACGCGGUUCUGGUGAGCGGCACUUGUAUAGUCAACGAGAGCAUGCUGACAGGUGAAAGUGUACCCGUCACAAAGACCAACCUGCCGAAUCCCAGCAGAAGUGUGAAGGGAACAGAGGAGGACGAGCUCUACAGUUCAGAGCUGCACAAGCGGCACACGCUGUUCUGCGGGACCAACGUCAUCCAGACGCGCUUUUAUUCCGGAGAGCUUGUCAAAGCCGUGGUGGUCACAACCGGCUUUAGCACUUCAAAAGGACGGCUGGUGCGAUCCAUCCUAUACCCGAAACCGACUGAUUUUAAACUGUACCGUGAUGCGUACCUCUUUAUGCUGUGCCUUGUUGCGGUGGCUGGGAUUGGCUUUAUCUACACGGUUGUCAACAGCAUCAUGAACAAGGUGCCAGUCCCCACCAUCAUCAUCGAGUCCCUGGACAUCAUCACCAUCACUGUGCCCCCCGCGCUGCCUGCUGCCAUGACUGCGGGGAUCGUCUACGCACAGCGCCGUCUCAAGCGCAUCGGGAUCUUCUGCAUCAGCCCCCAGAGGAUCAACAUCUGCGGGCAGCUCAAUCUUGUCUGCUUCGACAAGACUGGAACGCUUACCGAAGAUGGUCUAGACCUGUGGGGCAUCCAAAGGGUGGAAAAUAGCAGUUUUCUUCUUUCAGAAACACAUGCCUGUAAGGAAGACCUGGUAAAAUCUCAGUUUGUGGCCUGCAUGGCAACGUGUCACUCUCUCACCAAGAUCGAAGGAAAGCUUUCGGGGGAUCCGCUUGAUCUCAAAAUGUUUGAGGCGACUGGUUGGAUUCUGGAAGAAGCAACAGAGGAGGAGACGGCCCUGCACAACCGCAUAAUGCCCACGGUGGUUAAACCACCCAAGCAGCUCCUUCCUGAAGCAGAGGCAUCUGCCGAUCAGGAUAUGGAGCUGUGUAAGAUUCUGCCUUCCUACGAGAUGGGGAUUGUGCGUCAGUUCCCCUUCUCCUCGGCGCUCCAGAGGAUGAGUGUGGUUACGCGGCUUCUCGGGGAGAAGUGCAUGGAUGCCUACCUGAAGGGGGCGCCAGAGGUAGUUGCUAGCCUUUGUAAACAGGAAACAGUGCCCCACAAUUUCUCUGAGGUUUUGGAAGGGUACACCAAACAGGGAUUCCGAGUCAUUGCCGUGGCCCAUCGGAAACUCGAGUCAAAACUCUCGUGGCACAAAGUGCAGAACGUCAGCAGAGACACCAUCGAGAGUAACAUGCAGUUCCUUGGCCUGAUCAUUAUGCAGAACAAACUGAAGGCGGAGACUCCUGGAGUUCUGGCAGACCUGCGAAGGGCCAGCAUUCGCACUGUCAUGGUCACAGGGGAUAACAUGUUGACAGCUAUCUCAGUGGCUCGGGAUUGUGGAAUGAUUCCUCCUCAAGACAGAAUAAUAAUAGCAGAUGCACUGCCCCCUAAAGACGGACAGACCGCUAUGAUUAAUUGGCACUAUGCUGAUAACCCCCCCAAGCAUGUCAGUGCCACAGGUUCAAACACAGAGGAAGUUCAGAUCAGGCUGGAAGAGGAGAGCUCAGGGGCUGCAUUGCACAGCAUGGAGCACUAUCACUUUGCAAUGAGCGGGAAGUCCUUUGCUGUCAUAGCAGAGCACUUCCAGGACCUGCUCCAGAAGCUAGUACUGCAUGGCACCGUGUUUGCUAGAAUGGCUCCUGAUCAGAAGACACAACUGGUGGAAGCAUUACAGAGUGUAGAUUACUAUGUUGGCAUGUGUGGCGACGGUGCAAAUGACUGUGGUGCGUUAAAGAGAGCACACAGCGGCAUCUCCCUAUCCGAGCUCGAGGCCUCCGUGGCAUCCCCGUUCACAUCCCGAACUCCCAACAUCUCCUGCGUGCCGAGCCUGAUCAGGGAAGGCCGUGCAGCAUUAAUUACCUCCUUCUGCGUGUUCAAGUUUAUGGCUCUGUACAGCAUCAUCCAGUAUGUCAGUGUCACCCUUCUUUACUCGAUCCUGAGCAAUCUUGGGGAUUUCCAGUUCCUCUUCAUUGAUAUAGCCAUCAUCCUAGUCAUUGUAUUUACAAUGAGUUUAAACCCUGCCUGGAAGGAGCUGGUCUCUGAGAGGCCUCCCUCUGGGCUCAUUUCGGGGCCCCUGCUCUUUUCUGUCCUCAUGCAAAUCCUUGUGUGCCUGGGUUUCCAAACACUGGCCUUCCUGUGGGUCAAGCAUCAGCCCUGGUACCACAAGUGGACACCAAGUUCAGAUGCCUGCAGCCUGUCCAACUACUCACACCAUCAGAACGAGACAAAUCACGAUGAACACAACAUCAAGAACUAUGAGAACACAACAGUCUUCUUCAUCUCCUCAUUCCAAUACCUCAUUGUAGCCAUCGUGUUCUCCAAGGGGAAACCGUUCAGGCAGCCUAGCUACAAAAACUUGCCAUUUUUAAUAUCUUCAUUUGCUCUCUAUGCCUUCAUUCUCUUCAUCAUGUUGUAUCGUGUAGAUGCCAUUGAUCAGUUUCUGGAGAUUGUGUGUGUUCCAUACCAGUGGAGAUACACAAUGCUCCUCAUCAUUGUAGUUAAUGGUGUGGUAUCUGUCUUGACAGAGAACCUCAUCCUUGACAUCAUCUUGCGGAAGUUUGUGUUCAGCCGAGACAAGCAGGGGAGCUGUGGCAUCACCUCUGCCACACAGACACCACAGGAGGGUGUUGACCGGUGGGGGGAAAGGUUCUUGUCUUUUUUAUGCUGCCAAAGGAGAAGGGCACCCAAGGCCAAGUACAUGAAUCUAGCGCAGGAGCUGCUGGUGGACCCAGACUGGCCACCUAAACCCAAAACAACGACUGAAGCAAGGAAAGCCCCUAGCCCCGAAAACGUCUCUUACCAAAUCAUCUCUGCAACAUAGCACCGGCCUGCUGCUCAGAAAGAGAAGUGACCAAAGACCUGUUGGUCAGAAUUCAAAGUGGGAGUUGACCAGGACAUUCCCACCCCCUCUUAGUGUAAGACACGGAAGGAAAGCUCCCCACCCUACAGCUAUGGACAAACAUUUUGCAUCAUAUACGUUUUGCAUAUAUAUAUAUGAUAUCGCAGAAGUCUACCGGAAGUCGUAAUAGUAGUACAGUAUUUAAUGUUAGAUUUUGAAAUGUCAUAUUUUAAUUUGUCAGUUUUUUGUUAAGUACUGUACGUGGUAAACUUCAAAGCCAUGUGUAAUUAAAUACGUUAACGUAACGUUAUUCAUUAGAUUUCAUUAGAUCUUUAUGAAGCAAAAUGCUAUAGGCUGAUGCAAACCUUUUGGCCGUAGCUGUAGUUUGAAAUGACUAGAAAGAUAGAUAUUGUGUGGGCUUUUCCUCUUCCCUUCCCUCGGGUCCAUAAAAGCAUUUUUAUUCAUAUGUUUACACAGAAGGCCUGGGGUUUUUCAUCCAUUACUUCUCAAUAAAAGGCUUGGGGUUGACCAGGGAUGUUAUUUAUAAUUUGAAAGACUUCAUUUAAAAGUAUUGCUUUUUAUAAGGUUCAGUUCAAAUCAUGAUUAACUCCAUGUAAAACAAAUGUUAACAGAUUUAACUUUUAGAUAACGGAACUACUGCGAGAGAAUGCUUUAUAUAGACUCUGGAAAUGCUGUACAUGUUUGUUUGAAAUCAAGAAGUUCAGUUGUCAUGCAAGUGCUAAGACUAUGGUGAUGAGAAGGUGUCUGUAUGAUAGAGGGAUUUCUUCCUAUGGAAGAACUUUGAAGCUUGGUAAUCCCAAUAUGUAUUCUUUCAAACUCACACUCUUUAGAGCUGUGUUUUUUAAUGUGGGUUUCCACAGCAGAAGACCAUUAUGAACACAUCUGGAGGGCAACGGACUCCUAAUUGCAAGACCAUACUGUAUGAAAGUUUAGCAAAGUCACUGUUUUGUUACACAUGACAUAUUAUUUGUAUUUAUUUUUUUUUUAAUAGUAAAUUCAGAAGUAAGGGCUGUUGCUGUCGGAGCUGUAUACAGUGCAAGAUAAGAGAAGAGGGUGCAGAGUAAUGUAUAGUGAACCACAAGACACAAAGAGCAGCAGCACACAGCUUACAGAGGAAAUGACAAGAGUUGGAAUUAUUUACCAACAUUCUUUAGCUCUAUUUAAUUUUAUUUCAGAAACAUUGUAUUAAAAUGGUGCAUGACAUCACUCAUUACUUAAAAAGCAGCGACCUAUAUACCCAUCAGAUACCUGGUCUAGAAAUGACCUGCAAUAUGUAACUACAUUUUCCAGUGAGAGAUAAAAAAAAAAAAUUGUACAUACAGCAAGAGCUAUACUGUAUAGAGUGUAAAUGAAGAUCCCAGAUAACUGCUGUAGUAUACAGUAACUGUAGUUUACAGAUCCAUUGCUAUUUAAAGUAAGUGGUGGUCAUCCUGUUUGAGAGCUUUGCAUUCCUGUUUUGUCAUUUUUUGUACCUAGUGUGAACACUGUCACUUAAGCACAAAAUGGACAAAAGCUAUAAUGCUUUGCAUCUUUUUUUUUUUUGUGUGUGUGUGUGUGUAGUUAAUGCACCUUUCUUUUAUUAGUGUUUCAUAUAAGCCUAAAACUGCUUGUUUCUGCAGCUUAAAACUAAAUUAUUAUGGCCAGUGUUUUCUUGACUGCCAAUUCAAUACAUAUAUCUUUUGUUCCAUGAGUAAUAAAAACAAGCCUAGCAGAAUGCAUUUCUUAACACUUCUGAUUCUGCUGUUUUUUAACAAUGUUACUGAAUAAAUGAAAUCAAUAUAUGGCUUGGUUCUUGAAACGGGGUCACGCUGUUGUUUUUAUCUUAGUCAUGACUUUGAAAUAAAUAGAUGCUUCUCUUUUCUAUGGAAAAUCUAGCUGGUAUGGCUUUGUAUGUUCCAAUCAAAUCUUUAUCAAUUACUAGUUUUUUUUAAAAAUUCAAUGAUGUAAUGGCUUCUGUAGGAUAUCUAGUUUUUCAGUCUGGAACACUCAAUUGUGUCAACCCUUUUUGUUUUUACAACAAGUUUAAUCUAUUUCCAGUUUUACAGUAAAGCACUAGUUCCUGUUCGAGUGGUAUUGCAUCACAUGCUGAUUUGUAGUGAAGGCAUGCCUUUGGAAAUGACUUGUAUUGGGAAAAUAACAGUAUUCUGAAAGGUUUUAAUUGUUAUAUCAUUAUUACAGGCUCAGAAUGACCACAGACACGGCAGUCUUGUGAUUUAAAUAUCUUAUUGAGUUUUUGCUGAAGUGCUGCACUGUGCAUUUUUAAAAUGAAUGAUAAAAAAACAGAAGAAACUAACAAAGCCACAGACCAUCAGUAAUUUUUAAUCAGUUCCCCCCCAAAGGCACACAGUAAUGUGUGUUUCAAGGUGAUUUGUCUGGGUAUUAACAUUUCAUUUACUGUUGCUCUUCAUUCGUGCUGCGUAGUAAUGCAAACCAUUUCAAUUGGAACACUUAACAGACAGGUAUUUGUAAUAGCUGAUGCUGUAAAGCCAUGGUCUCUCUUGCAGCUGCAUUGCCAACUCUGUACGACAUUGAGAUCAUGGUAAUGUGAUUUUAAACUAAUUCCCCGAGUUGCUGUGCAUUAGUGAUUUGUUGCAAACAUAUUGAAAGUUGCUAGGAAAUAACAUUUUUUGUGUGUUUUUUUUUUUUAUUGUUGGGUUCAUGUCUUAUCGAAAGAAGCCUAACUAAAAAGGGUGUACCGUUAAGUUCUGCUGUUUUUAUUUCAAAUUAAUUAAUUUUUCAUUUAUUUUUACUGUACACAUAACUGAAAGGCCAUAAUGACCUCACAUGUUUUAAAAACUAUAUAUAUAUAUAUAUAUAUAUAUAU